AUGGGCCAGAUAGCCUCGGUGAUCACUGCUCCAGAGGCUCGUAGGAGUCCCCACCUUAUUGUGAGAAACAACACGAAAAUUCUCAACAAUAAUGUGGCAAGAAGCCACUCCAGUUGGAACAGUCUACAGGAUCACUUGAGUGGGCUCCCCAAGGAGUUGCGUGAGAGGAUACUCUUCUUCGCGCUCCCCAACGCAUACGCGCUUCCAAUCUCAUGGAACUCGAAUGAUACGCGCCAGGUCACACCGACGGCACUUGCUCCGUUCGCUCAGUCCGUUGGCCGAGCCGUGAUCAAAGAACUUCGAGAUAGCGGUGUACGCCGUCAUCGAAUACCAAGACUCGAACACGUUCAAGCCCUCGAAAAUCGCUUUCUGGCCACUCCGAUGAAGCCCCACCGUCACGUCCCGAUACCACUACUCCACGUUUCUCGUCUGCUCCGCUGCGAUGCUCUCGAUGUCCUGGCAAGGCAGAUCCCCAUCCUAGCUCGGACUGCAGAGGUGCUCGCCGCUCUCACCACACUUCCACCUUCGAACUCUCCUCUUCGGAUGGUACCCAAGAACUUUCAUCUUCAUAUCCUCCACGACCUGAACGAGUGGCUUGAAGCGAAGCCAUUCUCAGAACUGUAUACAUAUCAUUGGGACGAAGACUGCAAGUGUCGACACAGCUGGUUUUAUUUCAAUGAAGACUGGGAACAACAGCUGGACGAAUUUCUGCGGGCAUGGACCCAGCAGAUAUUCCUGCUGCCUGCCAAUACGGAGCAUGUCACGUUGGAUUUCUCGGGUUCUUGGUGGAGGAUAGUGCCCGAGCGUCCUAUUCAGGUGUUUGUGCACCGGGUCUCGUACAAGCUAUGGAGAACAACCAAAGGAAAGGCGACAGUGAAGGUAGUGGGAUGGGUGCCGGUGUCUGUGCAGCAACGAGUAUCGGGAUCUAUUGUUCGUCAGCCGUGGAAAUGA